ACAAGUACUAAGUCAUACUUUCAAAGGGAACUCUACUGAUUUUGUCACAAAGGAGCCACUAAACAUGCUCACAUUGUGCCUUAGUUUCCAAAUGUAACAAAAUUGUCGCUUCUGAUUUUUCCAACAGCACCUGAAUCCAGCAUGUGUUUCGUCUGUUGGCCUGUAGAGGGCGUCGGUAACCGCACAACGUUGUAUGAAUGGGGUUUGUUUUCGGCCUGCUAUAAGUUUUGGCUUUUACAGACAGCAAGAGGGACAAUUCGUUCAAACAAUAACACCAUUUAUCUUGUUUCUGGCCUCGGUCUGUUGUGUAUCAGCUGUAGUUUAUAUUUUAAACCCUUAGGGGUUUCUCACGACCUCUUCGACCGCAUGCUAACCCCUGUGUUUAGCUAAGUAGCUGUUAGCAGCUAAAGUUUCUCUAGCUGGUUAGAAAGCAUCUCCGUCAUCCACAUAGGAUGAAAGUGUGCCGGUGGUUUGAGUGAGUCUGAGAUCGAAAUGGAACUAAAUUUUUACUCUGAUCUGUCGGAUGGUUGUGCUCAGAAUGUGGAGUUUUUGGACAGCCAGCCUUAUGGUGGAUUCUCAGAGGACAACAAGUUCUCUGAAGCGGGAGACCGUUAUCUUUCAAUGAGCGGAGAUGCCGGUCACUCUUUUUUGUCAGCAGAGCAGACAUUCCACACUCCUAGUCUCGGGGAUGAGGUGUUCGAGAUUCCUCCAAUAUCCCUGGAUCCAGACCAGGCUUUGAGCAUCAGUGAUGCCCACUUUGAGCUGUCAGAUGGGACCGGUGUCUCCACAGGUUCCAAGAGUCUGGUUAGCAACCUUGUUGCUGAGGCCAACGACCCAUCCUUUGCCUCCACCUUCAUCAACUCUGGAUCUCACGGUCUGGAGCACAUUAACCUUGGAGCCGUUCACCAGGCUGGAGGCACUGCCCUCCUAAGCUCAUCUGCUCUGGAACUUGGGAGCUCCAGUGGCUCACACUUCAGCAGUUCGUCCCCGAUGACCAUCGAUGUGCAGCUGGCUGACAUCGGGCCUGGUCUUUUGGGAAGCAGCCAUCUCACCACAAUUAACCCGUCGGAGCUGGCUCUGGGUCUCUGCGAGGACAAUGUCGGGCGUCAUCCGGAGGUGCCCGAGCAGCCGUUGUCGGCCACACCGUCGCCUGCUGGUUCUUUACAAGAUGAGGAUAUGAAUGACUUUAGGAGAAGUGUUUUGGUGGAAGCCCCCAUGUCUCUGUCUUCGUCGCCUCUGCUCUCCCAUAUGUCCUUCCACCCCGUCCUGCCGUCUUCUGCCCAACCUGCUGCAGCCCGGAGAAGUGGUGGAAAGCCUGCAGCAGUCGCCCCAGCACCCGAAACGACGACCGCAAAGAAAGGAAGAAAGAAGAAAGAUCCAAACGAGCCGCAGAAGCCCGUGUCGGCGUACGCACUGUUCUUCAGAGACACCCAGGCUGCCAUUAAAGGCCAGAAUCCCAACGCCUCCUUCGGGGAGGUGUCGAAAAUAGUUGCCUCCAUGUGGGACAGCCUGGCUGAGGAUCAGAAACAGGUGUACAAAAGGAAAACGGAGGCGGCUAAAAAGGAGUAUUUGAAAGCGCUCGCAGCGUACAAAGCUAACCAACUCUCACAGCCCUCAGCUGAGGAAAUGGAACCUGCUCCUUCACCUCCACCAGCAGUUAUUCCAUCCUCCCAUGCGACCCCUCCUGCACCUGGCAACCACACUCUCCGCCCAGCUCUGGCUAGCAACAGCAUGGACGUCAACCACAUCACCAGCGUUUGUUCAUCCAGCAUCAUUCUGGAUGUCCCGGAGGUGACCACGCGUUCCCACGCGGGAGCCGGCACCGCCGUGCCUGUGGCCCCGACCAUCACCAAAAUCAUAAUCCCCAAGCACAUUCUGCAGGGGGGGGGGCAGGUGCUGACUGUGCUGCCCGGAGGGGUCCGAGCUCUGCAGCCCACCCUGGUGGUGUCGGGCGCCUCGCGCCAGCCCCCUCCGCUGCAGCAGAUGCAGAACGCGCCGCCUCCCCCCCGGCUCCAGCAGAUGGCCCCCAUUCCCCCGCCGCUGCAGGCCAAACCCAGGGAGGGAGGCCCCACCCCAGCACAACCUGUGUCUGUCUCAGCGACGCCCCCACCUCCACUUCAGAUAAAAAUAGUUCCCGCAACAAUUCAGGACAGAAGCGAUGUUCUGGUGCACGGCACAGCAACUGUGAGCGCUUCUGCCCGAUCAGAGCCAGUGCCGAAUUUAGCCGAGACGGCAGGAAAUACAGACGAUGAUGUCACUGAGGUGCUGCAUUCAGAAGAGGAAGAGAUGGAGGUGAGCGGAUACGGCGAUGUGAAAAGCUUGUGUGUGAGGGCCGGCUGCAAUAACCCUGCUGUGGACAGUGAAGACUGGGACAAAGAGUACUGCAGCAACGAGUGUGUUGCCACUCACUGCAGGGAUGUGUUUCAGGCGUGGUGCUCCAUCAAGAACCAGUCUGUGGCAACAGUGAAGUAAUGUAAUAAAAAUGUGAUCAUCUCAUUAGUUAGAUAUGUAGAAGGGGCGGGGGUCAGAUGCACCAAACACCAGUUUCUUUGAAUGUGAACUAUGGCAGAAAAAUAUUUUUGAUAGAUUUCUAAAAAAAAAAAAGAAAAAGUCACAUCUAUAUGAAUCUCUGGACCAUUGUAAACUUAUAUGCAUGUCGUUUUUUUUUUGCACAUUAAACCCUCAAAAAAUUGAAGGCCAUUGAAAAGCACAAUUUUUACUUUAUUAAAUGUUAAAUAAACUAGUAACCUUAAAAAAAGAGAAUCAGUUUUCUACUUUUGUCAGUUUUGUCAUCGGAAAAAAAUGGAUUGGGGAGCAAAAGAGAAGUGUCAAGUGUUUUGGCUCGCUAAAGAACAGAAUUGCAAAAUAAAAGUUGAUUUGCAUGCAGGAACAUCACAAUCUCUCAUCUUCCUUAUUAGAAAGUAGUUUUGCAUAGAUUCACUUAUCAUUACAAUAAACAGUGAUGUCAAAUUGUAUUUCAGGCCCUAAAACUGCCUUAAAACAUGUUCUUGUCAAUGCAUCUGGCCCUUUAUUUAUGGGAAAGGAAGGUGUUUUUCCUUUAUUAAGCAGCUGUGUUUUUUUAUUCCUGUUUUGUAAGAGUUUGGGGUUUGUCUUCUCCUGAAUAACAUCAUGCUCCUACAAAGAACUAGUGUUAAAGUGUGACUGAAAAGUCUUCAGUGUUUGAAAAAGAUGUCCUGACUUUAUGUUUGUACCUUAACUUAAAUCCUUACAGGACUGGAUGGCAGCUGGAGAAGUCUGAAUGUUUUAUGAUUAUUUUUUUUUUAGGUUUAUUCACAUUCUUGCCUUUUUAUAUUUCCCUUAAAGUCCAUCUUUACGGAAAAAACUGACCAUUUCAACUCUCAGAAACAUAUUUGUGUACAGCAGUCCACAUUGUCAGCUGUUUUUAUAACUAACUGUUACAACUCUACUGUUUUGCUCUUCAUGUUUGGUAUUGAUAGUAGCUAUUUCUUCAUAAGAAUAUCUAGACCAGUCAGUUAAAGACUUCUCAAUUUUUCUUAAUAAAUGAAAAAAAAAA